CGUACCGUAUUCCAAGCGUCCGGUGUCGUACAUUUUGCAGAAUCACCAUGGCGUCUGUACUGAAAGAGACCGCGGGGCUAUAUGAAACAUUGAAAACGGAAUGGAACAAGAAAAAUCCAAAUCUGAACAAAUGUGGAGACAUUUUGAGCAAGCUCAAGAUCUCGUUAUUGGAGUUAAACUUCUUACCAACGACUGGAACUAAGCUCACCAAACAGCAGCUUAUUUUAGCUCGUGAUGUUCUGGAGAUCGGGGCUCUGUGGGCUAUCCUAAAGAAGGACAUCCCUUCCUUUGAGAGAUACAUGGCCCAGCUCAAAUGUUACUACUUUGAUUACAAGGAUGAGUUGCCAGAGUCGGCCUACAUGCACCAGCUACUGGGCCUGAACCUCCUCUUUCUGCUGUCCCAGAACCGCGUGUCAGAGUUCCACACAGAGCUGGAGAGGCUGACUGCUAAAGACAUCCAGACCAACGUCUACAUCCGCCACCCGGUCUCCUUAGAGCAGUACCUGAUGGAGGGAAGUUACAACAAGGUGUUUCUGGCCAAAGGUAACAUCCCUGCUGAGAGCUACACCUUCUUCAUAGACAUUCUACUAGACACCAUCCGCGAUGAGAUUGCUGGGUGCAUAGAGAAGGCUUAUAAACAGAUUCAGUUCAACGAAGCUACCAGAGUCCUUUUCUUCUCCUCCCCAAACAACAUGACAGAGUAUGCCAACAAGCGGGGCUGGACCCAGAGCCCAGAUGGCUACUACUCGUUCAGUAGCCAACAGCAGAGGACAGAGGAAGUCAACAUCCCCUCCACCGAGCUGGCUACGCAGGUCAUCGAAUAUGCACGUCAGCUGGAGAUGAUUGUGUAGAGAGCGCGCCGUACUACAGAAGCUAGAUAUAUUCAUGACACAGACACAUGCAAACAUACAGUCCUCAAAUGCUGACAGAUUGUCAGACUGGUAGAUUUUCCAACACUUUGUCAUUCUGUACCACUCAACCUGCUUCUCACGGCGCUGAUAAGAGACGUGGCAAGUUUAUUAUUUUUUACAUCCUAGUCUGACGGUGUGUUUUACGCAUCGCAGUAAAAUGUACUGAAAUAAAGUCCUCACUCCACAACUAAGGUCAGUCUGUUCAGUGGCUCCUGACUGCUUUGUCCACCUUUUUUUAGGCGUUCCCCCCGAGUUUAAAGAUCGACGUGUUGGCACAUUCUAAUGUCCAAGUUUCUAUUUACCCUGACUGCUUUGAGGAACGUUUUGGAGAGUUUAUGUCUAGGGAAUAGGGUGUAAUUUGCAAUUUUCCUCUCAGUCCAUUUACUAAUUCAUAGUGUGCUGUAGCACAGUGGCCAAUACAGUGGUUGUCUUCCAUAUGUCUCUAAAUGGUUGACGUCCUGCAUUAUUACACCUGCUUAUUUGGCUUCUCCUUGUCUUCUGAGGUAUCAUCUUCAAACUCUAGGGUUUUCAAUGCCCUGGCCUCGUCUCCUGGCAACUGACAAAAGAGAAUUGCUGUAAAAGUAUUUGUUUAAUGUCUUGCUCCACCACCUCAAUGGUUUGUAAUCUAAUUGAUCUGGAAAAUACAAAUGUUUGUUUCUGAAAGAUUAUCAACAUUUUUGACAUUUUUAAAAUAAUAAAAUCUUUUUGUUCCUGA